AUGUUACUUGAUCUUAAUACAAAAAAGACAGUAACAAGACCCUAUGUAACGGUACUUCCGAUCACCAAACAAGUGAUCAGAAUUGUGGAACAAAUGGCACACAACAAGGGCGUUUGUGAUUUGCGUACUUAUCAUUGGAAUAAUGGUGAAAUCAUAUUGGAUGGUGAUUUGCUCGCAGGAGUGGACCCAGAUGAACUGUGGGAUGACACAUCUAUUCCACAGGAAAAUGAAUACAAACAAAGCGAUGAAAAUCUUUGUAAUGAAAAGAUAGAUCAAGAUGAAUUUGAUGCUUUACUUGAAGAAGCGGAAGAAUUUAUUGAAAACUAUGAUGAUGAGCACAUGGAAAAUAUCAAAGAACAGACAGAAGACAGGAGUGUUGCAAGUAUUUAUGAACGAUUGAGACGGAGAAAUGAUGAUGAUAAUUCCGAUCAAGAUCCCAAUCCAAAUGACAAAAUAUCAGAAUGA